AGCAACUUCAACUGGUUACCUGUCAACACAAAACCAGCGACCAGCCUUCUGUUGUUUUGCACACUGCCAACUUUGCAUCAAAUUUGAACUGGAAGAUAAAAGUUCCCGAAACUGAAGAGGUGCACUGUUCCUUUGACACCGGCAUAAUGCACCUCCAGGUUCUCCUCGGAGCCGGUCUGGCUUUCCUCUGCUUCUGCCUGAUCAUUGGCUGCGCUAUCUGCUGGCGGAAAGGAAAACAUCGUGAUCCUACCAAUGUCAAAGACCAGGCACUGGAGCGGAUUGUCCUGGACUCCAAUGCAGGGCUGCUUGGGAACACCAGCAUGCCCGUCAAGCAGCAGUACGAGGAGGUAGAGGGCUCAGUGUUGGACUACCCACAGAGUGCGAUCAGCAACCCCCCAACUUUGGCGACCAAUGCCAGCUUGGUCCUCGCGGAAGGACCCUCCUUGCCCUUCAUCCCAGUUAUCCAAAAGGCCAGCCUGACUAGCAAAACCAGGAGAAUCCUGGAGAGACGUUGCACUGUAUCAGGAGACAGCUCAGACUACAAAGAACCUGCCGCGUUGGGAAGCUCAGUUGCAAAACCCUUGGGUCCAAUGCUGGGUCAUUCCCAGACCGCACCAGACAGCCUCACGGCCAUGAAGACAAAGCCAAAGCCUCUCCUGCACUUCACCCUCUUCUACUCAUCCUACGAGUUGACUCUAACAGUGUCCGUUAUUGGUAUCGACAACCUUCCCAAGAAGUUUGGCAGCGGCUGCCAUUCCUACGUAAGAGUCCACCUCCUGCCGAAGAUCAUGGAGACACAGCAGACUGCCGUACGCAGGAAAAGCCUGAACCCUGAGUUCCGGGAGAGCUUUCAGUUCUCGGGAUACACCCUGGAGGAGAUAAGAUGCUUCAAGCUUCGUUUUGCCACCUACGUCAAGGAGUUCCACAACCUCAAAGACACGUUUGUUGGCGAGUUGCUCUUUCCCUUAGAACAGGCUGACUGGAAGUUAGACACUCCGUUCACCUACACCAUGGAGCUGACCACCACCAAGACAAAGCUCAAGAAGUGCUUCAGCACCCAAGACAUGGCCAGUCCCACAAGCAGUGCAUUACGUCCCAAGCUAGUGGGUCAACUCUUUAUCCUCCUGCAAUAUCAGACCCUGGCAAACCGCAUCAAGGUUAUGGUCCGAAAGGCAGAGACCCUGGCCCGACUGACCCGCAUACCGGGCUCACCAGAUCACUGUGUCAUUAUAAACCUUUAUAAGGAUGGCAAAGUCAUCUCCAGCAAGGAAACCAAAACUUCAAGCGGCUACAAUCCCGUGUGGAAUGCUCCGUUUCUCUUUGAUAUCCCACCAGGAGACAUUGAAAGUCUGGACCUCUCUUUGGAGUUUAUUGUCAUGCAGGGUCGGAUAUACACCAGAAGCUGCAUCCUUGGCCGUGUGCUCAUUGGUGCAAAUGCUUCGGAGACGGGGAGGAUGCACUGGAAGGAAAUGUCCAGCCGGGGUCACGUGGAAUCUGCCAGAUGGCACACCAUCCAAUCGGACGCUUUCUAGAUACCCAUGUACGUUUCAUAGCCUGUCCCUCUCCCCACAUCGUUGACCUGUCCAUUGAUAAAAUGUCCCAACUGUCCUAUAUCCAUUUGGAGCUUGGUGUGGUAGAGGCACAUGGUCCCCUUUUCACUUCUGUUGGCCCAGCCCAGACAAGUGUUAGUUGCUAAGGGAUACAAAGGGGGCUACUUUGAAGCCAUUUCAUCUCUGAACCUCAAGGAUCAUGGUCCAUUGCACUGCCAUUUCAACAUGCAGAAGAUUGAGUGAGAUCAGUUGUGAGAACGACCAACAAGGCAUAACUAGUCCUUAGCAGGGACAAGGUAGCAUCACAACCACAUGCAUGUGUUUAUAUAGCACUCUUACCCAGUGUAGAACUUUGCGAGGUCCUCACAGGAGAUAUUAGGACAAGUGAAGAAAAGUGUGGUCAAAGAUACAGCUUUUAAACAGUAUCACAAAGAAAGAGAGUUUGAUAACUUAAUUCCCUAAUUUAGGAUCCAUAAUCUUGAAGGAAUCGGCUGCUAGUGACAGAGUGGCUAAAAUCGGAGACGUACAAAAGACCAGAGUUGGAGGAGAGUACAUAUCUUGGAGGAGGUUAUAGAGAGAGUGAAGGUGAUGCCACAAAAGGAUUUGUAAACCAGGAUGAGAAUUUAAAAAAAUGUGCUGUUGCCAUAACAAGACCUAACACCAGGCAGUGAGCCCAGGAGGGUGAAUGGGACUUGGUUUCUAUUGAGGUAUUGGGGUGAUGGGUGAAUGAGACAGUGUGAGUUGGGAAACAGGCAUCAGAGUUUUGGAUAACCUAAAGAGUGUGUUUGAUCCCCUGAUGCCAUGGGUCAUGUUGUCAAAGGGGGCCAGACGGACUUGAAAUGUGUGGAGGCUAUCGUACAUGAUUCAAUGUGGUGACGUGGUUGGUUCUUCCCCAAGGUUUACCCCACCUUAUGAAUAUCAGUCAUAGGAUUCUCUAAAAGAUCAGUCACGGAAACAUUGUCAUCCUGCUUUCUAAAUAAAAGGUAACUGGUAAGAAUAUUUCCCCUCAGGACCAAAGAGAGAGGAUAGACGUGACUUAGGCUGAAAAAGAAAUACAGAAGCUAAUUAAUGCAGGGAGAUUAUUCAUUGUAAUUGUCAAUGACUUUGUGUCAAAACUUGUACUGAUGCACAUAGUUCAGGACUAUCAAAGUCUCAGGAGGGUAAAAUGAUCAGACAGGGAGUGAUUUGCAGAGACUUGUUUUUUCCUGCGUCACAAUUUGGAAUGUGUAUGUGGCUGCUUAUUCUAACUGCAUAUAGUGCCUGGAAUAUAAUGGAUCACUAAGGGACUCAGGAGAGCUGCAGAAAUGUCUGCAUUUUGUCUAUUCCAUUCAGACCCAACUCACACUGCUGUGGAUCCUUGUAGUUGUUAUACAACGCACUGUUUUAUCGCCUUUAGAAAAGUACCAUUCAUGUAUUCACAUCAUUUGCAAAUUUACAGGAUUUCUGAGUCUCUUCGAUCAUCUCACAGUAAUAUGUUGUUGACAUUGCAUCCUUGUCUUGAAGAAAAUGUCACUCCUUGGCUCAUUGCAGUAUAAUCUUGUGCCAUUUCUUUCACAGUCCCCUCUGGAUUAACUUAUGGAAUAGACUCAUGAUCACAUAACUCUUUGACAUUCUUCUGUACGUUUCUUGCAGGAAUUAUGAUUUAUGUGCACGUUUCUAAUUUUAUCUUCUUGCUUCAUGUGAGACCUCUUUGUGCUGCUCACUUCCACCGUCACUCCAACGUCCUGUUUCCAAAUGUCAGAUUUGUUAGCUGGUAUUAACACAGCAACCUUAUCACAUUUAAAAUGUUUCUCUUCACAUCUUGAAUCAUAAUUUAGUUUCUGUCUCAACUGCUUUUCUUCCAAUCUCCCCUCAAGUUUUGGACAAAAUAAGCUCAAUCGUGUUCCAAGUUUACUGCGCAUUAGUAAGUCAGCAGGAGUAUAACCCCUUGUGGAAUGUGGCAUUGUUCUAUGGUUUAGCAAGAGUUUACCAGUUGAUACCUGAUUGUUAAACUCAAUCACUCCGGUAAAACCUGCUUCCUCUGUGUUUCUUUGACUAUUCCCAACAAUCUCUCCAUCAUUCCAUUUGAUGCCGGAUGAUAUAGUGAAAUAAGUGUACAAGUGAACACUUGCUGCUUUUGAGCUUCGUGUUGUGUUUGUGUAGCCACCUGAACUCUUCUAAAUUUGUAGAUUUUCUUCUUCACUACCUGUGGUUAUGACUACGUUAUCUUGAUUGGACAGACAAUGAUCAACAUCUUGUAGAAGCUUAUCCAUGCUGGCAAUGAAAGACCUUCAAUGAACAUUUCACUCCUAAGUUUUGUUUACAAACACGGGUCACUAAUGUGUAUUAGUUGUGAACUUUUGCUGACUCUCCAUACCCACAUUCAGCUGAGCAGGUACAAGUGGCAGAUCUGGCUCUGAAUCAACUCUGCAUAGGGAUUCUGUGACAUAUGCCAUGGAACCAUACUUGGUUCAAUGUCACCUUGUUACCACUACAGAGUACAGCAGUUUUGUCCACUACAGUUAAUGUUGUCUGGUCACUCAGACGUGUCUUCACUGGAACUCUAUUUCUUUCCAGUUUCUCUAACAACUCCUGCAUCUGUUUUUUCAAUGGAUAUGGCAUCGGGUCAGGGCUCAUGGUAGACAGGUUUUACAUCUGGCUUGAUAUGCAUAUUGCCAUUUUAGUCUGGAAAUGUGGGUAUCUACCUAUGUGGGUAUCCUUGAACAUUUCCACAUACAUUCUCAAUAUAUACUUAAGCAUGAUAUUGAAGUAUCCAUGAUGAGCACAUCUUUCUAGUCUAGCUUUAAGUCUAUGAGCCAAUCUUUACCCAUCAACGUUGGUAGUUUAGUGUAAUCAGUUUCCUGCAUUUAAACAGCCCUGUCUACAUUAUUCUUUAUAUCUUUAAUUGGUGGAUUUCAAACCAGAAAGCAAUUUAAUCCUUGAAAAUACCAUACUCUACAAAUACUGUGGGAGCAGUAACCUGGGAUCGUGCAGUGUAAUUCUACUGUUUAAAACGACACAAAGAAAAAAUCCAGAAAAUGCACGGAGCUCUUGACAGAUGAUGUUUUAGUCACAUUUCAACAGGGCUCCUUCAGAGCACGACUUCUGAUUAAUGGUUUCUUUCAGUGAGACUUGGAUAGAUCUGUUCCCUAUUCCUGUCUUUUUCUACAUUGGACAAAGUGUCGGCUUUUCUUAAUCACCCAAACUUCAGUUACAAAUACCUCUUCAAGAAAAUACCAAAUGCUGCAAGUACUGUGUUAGCAGCAAUCCAAGGUCCUUACCAAAUAUUCUACCUAGUGACAUAAGAGAGCCCAUCAUACUAUGUGAAGAUGGGCAGAGACCUUUUCAUUGCAUCCUGACCAAAAUUCCACCAACCCAAAAAAAUGGUGUAAGUCCAUUCACCUUGUGGAUGAUGCUGGGAUAAGAUAGCUAUGAUGUACAAUAACAACUUUACCUCAAGAAGUAAUUUAUUGUAGCUUUAGACCUAGAGAUGAUGAAGGAAGAUGGUUUAAUUCCAAGUCAGGAUAGUGUGAGACUUGGAGGGAAUAUUAUUCUCAUGUACCUACUGCCCUUGUCCUUCUUGGUUCUAGGGUUUGGGAGAUGUUGUCAGGGGUGUCGUGGCAAGAUGCUGCAGUGUGUUUUGUAGGUGGUAGGCCCUCAACCACAGUGAACCAAUGGUAAAUGGAGUGAAUGUUUAGGGGAAGCAGUGGGGGGCAGGAAUGGAUAGGAUGCCGCAAAUGGUAUGAACUUCAUUUGAUGUGGCAGCUUCACUUAUCCAGUCCAUCACAUUUCUGACGUGCCCUAUAGAUGGUGGAAAGGUUUGGAGGUGCCUGAAGGCACUACAGGAAUCCCCAACAACUGGCCUGAUCUCAUAGCCACUGUAUUUCUGCAGUGGGUGCAGCUGUGUCCGGCCACCAGUGACCCCUAGGAUUUUGGUGAGGGAUUUGGCAAUGGAAAUACCAUCAAGGGUAGGUGGCCAAACUCUCUCAUGGCACUUAUGCACAGUGAAAGAUGCGCCACACAGUAACCACAUUUAUUAAUAUCACCAAAACACAGAAAUUAAAUUCUAGCUUGUUGCUUUCUCUAUUCCUCACUGUGGUUAAGUGUCAGAAGGUGCAUUUAAUUUUGGACUACUGCAUACAUAUUUGAACAAUGCCAAGGCAACUGCUAACAGGACAGAGCCAGUUAGAACUUAAGCUGUUAACUUUUUCCCUUGGAAGGUGUAUCAAAAACAAGAGGGUAUAGUUUUAACAUAGGAGGUAGGAGACUUAAAGGGGAUCUUAGGGGUAGGUUUUUUACACAGAGAGUGGUUGAUAUCUGAAACGUGCUGCCAAAAGAGGUGGUGCAAUCAGAUGCAAUUACUUUGUUUAAGAGGCAUUUGGACAGACCCUUAAGUUGGCAAGGCAUACAAGGAUACGGUCCUAAUAGAAUUAGUGUAGAUGGGGAAAAUGGUCAGCAUAGCAGUGGUAGGCUGAAGGGCCCACUUCUGUGCUGUACAACUUUAUGACUCAUCAAAGGGCUGUAACAGGCCAAUGAGACUGAAGUAAAGAUACACAAGAGUCUGGGCUGUAUUACCAGGAUGAUAGAAUUAAAAGUUACAGUAUGUUUAGUUUGUACAGAGCUUUGAUGUGGUUGCUCUUGCAGUGCUGUAUCUAGUUUUGGUCUAAACAGACAGUAGGGGCCAUCAAGGUUCUCGGGGAAAUUGGCCACAAUAAUGCCUAGCUUUAGACGGUUAGGAUAGCUUUCAGGAGUUGAGUUACUUUCACUGAAGGCUCAGUGGGAAAAUGACUGCAUUUUAAAAACCAUGAAGUGAUUAGAUUCUGAACAAUUGAACAUAUUCAUUCAGAUGGAUGUGAUGAUGGAACUAAAGACCAUCCAUGCAUGCGUAUUUAGAUGUUAUGUGACAUUUUAAAAGAUUCAGUCAUUUUCAGAUGCUGUUCAUUCACUGGAACAUCAACUCUGUCAAGACCCUUGCGAAAUCUGAAUGUUUACGUUAUAUGGCACCUUGAAUGUAAAGGAAGUGCCCAAGGUGCAUCACAGAAGUGUAUGGGGAUAAAUGAUACUGAGACACUUUAGAGAAUAUUAGGAUGGUGACAAAAUGCUUGCAGAAAGGGAUAGGUUUUAAAAAACUUCUAAUAAGCAUUGUUAAGAACGCCUUUUUGUACUUGAGAGUAUAACUUAGAUGGAAUGAGUUGGGUAGGGGGAAGGGACAGGGAUUAAUAUCAUACACAUUAACAUUAGCUUGUAUGUGAUUUUCCUCAGGCAUCUUGGUGUUAUGUUUGGAAAUUCCCUCCAGCGUUAUUUCUCACCUAACCCCAGUGCUUAAAAUAUUACUGAAAUGUGAAUGGCUAAAUCUUAAUUGGUCAAUAACAAGUGAACUGAAAGAAAUCUUCCACUCCUAUAGUAAUGCAAACACUGACACCAGUACCAGUUUGAAUAGUACACUGGUGUAUCUGAGCAGUGCAGUGAAAACUUGUGCAGAAAGGUACCCUUAACAAUUCGAGGUGCUGCAUUGCACUGCAUAGGAGCAUUAUUAAUGGGAAUUGGACACAUAUGGAGAUACAGUUUCAGGUGAGCCACAGUUUGGUCAAAACGGUAUUUUUUAAGGAACAUCUUUAAAUAAGCUGGAGAUGGUUAACAGGUUACUUCUACAGUUGGGUACAGCUACUGUGAGCUGAUGAAGCCAGGUCUCUCAUGUUGAAUUUUAGUAUCAAAAUAAAUAAGAAAAUCCCAGCACAAAGUGUCUCCAUGGCCAAGUUAUGUUAAAUAUAAAGAGUGACUUUGACAAAUAAAUAAAGGACCACAAAUCCUCUGCAGGGCUGGUAUUUCACAAACAUUGUUGACAAAGUUAUAUGAUGUCUUGGCUAAACCCCUGGAAAUUCCUGGAGAUCACAGAUCACCUCUGCUCCCAGAACUCUUCUGAUCAUUAAAACAGGGCAUGUGCAAUGGCUGGCAAGUAACGGUGAUUAUUUAUUUAUGUGUAACCUCAGAUCAUGCAACAUCACCAGCUUUGUUAGUUUGAUAACAGAUUUACCAAGUGCUGUGCUUUGAAUUGGUUCUUGUUGGUCUAGGUUCUUUCUCUGUGUGAACCAGAACCUCUCCAAACUGGAUAACUGUGGUGACCCUCCAUUCAGAGCAUGUAUACACUUUGGAGACUUUGUACACUGUUGUAUAUUAAUGUGCAUUGUAUGUAAAUGUUGUCAUUCAAAUAAAUAUUGCAAAUACAGAUGGUUUCCUUUUCUUUGUCUUCUGUAAUUCUGUCUGUAGAAACUCUGGUUUAAUGCAAAUGCAUUCAUUCUUUAUUCCAACUUUUGCUCUUUCUUCUCCACAGCUACGGGGGAACAGAUCUUCCCGCUGUGCCCUGCGGAAUCACCAGCAGGCCAUUUCUCAUUUGGGAACCUUGAAAGAAACCUAGGCCAGCUGGUCCAUCCAAUUUAUGCCACCUCUUUCAAUGCUAUCCUGCACCCCAAUCUCCUUUCCCCAUGUCCCUGCAAUAUGUUAUCAUCUAAAAUUUGGGACAGUAAUUGUUGCAGUAGUUGGUGUUGCUUCUUCACAGCUCCAGAGGCUCUGGUUCAGUCCUGACCUCAGGUCUUGCCUGUGCAUUAUACACAUUCUCCCUGUGACCACGAUGGGUUUCUGCUGCAUGCUCUG